AUGGAGGUUUCCAAGGUGUGGAGGAAUGGUACCAUGAAGUUGCAUACUAGAAAUGUCAAAAGCUGUGACUCGAUGGUGUCGGGAGCUGCAAGUGAUUCCAAUCCAGGUGCAAACAGGGGUGGAAGAAGACCACUUAGAAUACUUGUUUACCUAAGUGUCAUGGAGAAAGCCUGUAUUCAUCUUGCUGUUGUACUUCUGCUUCUUCAGCAAAUGAGUACUUGUUUGUCAAUCGUUAAUAUCACGACUGAUCAAACAGCACUUCUUGUCUUGCAAUCUCAAAUAUCUUUAUACAAUCCUCAUAGUGUUUUAGCAAGAAACUGGUCUACUUCCACCCCGGUCUGUAGUUGGAUUGGAGUUACUUGUAGCCUUCGCCACCAAAGAAUCACUGCCUUAAAUCUUUCUAGUAUGAACCUUAAAGGAAUGGUUCCGCCACAGCUUGGAAAUCUCUCGUUUCUCAUUUCUCUCGAUAUCAGAAACAAUAACUUCCAUGGGACUUUGCCUGAGGAGUUAGCUCAUUUGAGGAGAUUGAAAAUGAUCAAUGCAAUGAACAACAACUUUACUGGUGCAAUCCCCUCAUUUUUCGGCCUGUUACCAAAUCUUCAUUCCUUGUACCUUUCGUUUAACCAAUUUGCUGGUAAUAUCCCUCUGUCUCUUUUUAACAUAACAAAGCUAAAGUACUUAAGACUUCGAGGGAAUUUUCUUGGUGGAGAAAUUCCUCAAGAAAUCAGUAGCCUUUGUUGCCUGAAUUUAAUAGACCUGCAAGAUAAUAAGCUUACAGGCUCUAUACCACCAACUAUAUUUAACCAGUCAUCGCUCAAACAGAUUGGCCUGACAAAAAACAUUCUUUAUGGGAAAUUACCGAGAAAUAUAUGUGACAAUCUUCCAAAUUUAGAGGUACUUGGUCUUUCAAGUAAUCGGUUUGAUGACUUGAUUCCUCCAAAUCUGCAGAACUGCUCUAAACUUCAAAUACUAUCAUUGUCUGUAAAUGAUUUCUCUGGAACCAUACCAGCAAGUGAAAUACCAAGGGAGCUUGGAUAUCUUCAAAGACUCCAACUAUUUGGAUUGUAUCAAAACAGGCUGAGUUUGUUCAAUUCCAGCAAGCCUUUUCAACAUUUCAACCCUCCAAAUCUUGACAAUUGUGGAUUACUCACUGUUCUAGACCUUUCUAACAACAUCCUCUCCGGUUCCAUUCCUGAUUCCCUUGGUAAUUUGGAAUUCCUUGUAGUUCUACAGAUAGGCCUUAACAAGUUGAUCUAUCAGAAUCCCUCUUCACAAUUAACUUUCCUGACUUCACUGACAAGAUGUCGAAAUCUAAGAGAACUGGUCAUUGCACGAAAUCCCUUAAACGACAUUCUUCCAGUUUCUAUUGGUAAUUUCUCAAGCUCUCUCCAAAUCUUUUCUGCACCAGGGUGCAAACUCAGAGGCAUUAUCCCAGAAGAAAUUGGAAACCUAACAAAUGUGUUAUGGAUAUCACUAUUUGCCAAUGACUUGACAGGAUUCAUCCCGAAAACUGUUAGGGGUUUGCAGAAGCUUCAAAGGAUUCUUAUACAGAGUAACAUGAUAAGUGGGACUAUACCAGAUGAAAUUUGCUACUUGCAGAAUCUAGGAGACCUGAUUGUAGGGAGAAAUAAAAUUUCAGGUCCCUUGCCAUCCUGUUUGGGGAAUGUUACUACUUUGAGAAAUCUAUAUCUAGCCUCAAAACAAGUUGAACUCCAGCUUACCUGA